AUGGUGGCAGCCUGGGAUCUGGGCGCCGGCAUUGUCUCACCUGAGGACGAAGAAGCGGCGGCCAGCCUCUUGCACCAGGCAUUUGCCCAGAUUCGCGGCAAACUCCGCUCAACGGACGGCUCCGCCCCCCUGCCGGCAGGUGGUGACACUUGUAGCAGCAGCAGCAGCAGCAGCGGCAGCAGUGACAGCGGCAGCGGCAGCAACACACAUACCGUGCUUGCGGUCCCUCGCGGACAAGCAGUUCAGCUCCUGUGCCAGUCCCAGUCGCCUGGGGCUUCGCAACCAUCGGAGACCACGCUCUCCGCGUGGAUCGAGUUGACCGGCAGCCUGUGCAUCACUCGCGCGCUUGCCGACAUCCAUCGCCACUUGGCCGGCUUCACGGCAAAACGUUCGCUGAUCGAGGUUCACGUCCAGGAACAAAGCCCCACCGCCACGGCGCCAAGCAGUCCCCCCCAGGACAACACCCGCCCAAGCCGCCUCGGAGUGGACAUCGUGGCCAUCGUGACAUUGCGCCAGGAGGACGCGCCCACGGCUGCCACCUGUGGCCUGCACAUCCGCCUACAAGGCGACCGCUUGCCGGACGACCGCGCCCAGUUCCUCGAGCAGCUGGCCAGCCUCGCAGCCGCUCUCAAGCACCCGGAGGACCAGCUCCCUCUGUCCCCGAAUACCUGUCUGGUUUGUCCGCCGGAUUGGUAUGAUCUGGAGGGCGGAGCUGUCCAGCCCCUCGCCGACGCCCAGCGUGCCUCACUGCCAGCGCUGAGAGGUGGUCUCCCAGACGGUCUGCCCGUGGCUGCCGCCGCUGCCAUCUCAGCCAUGCUGCCGCCAGCCCCGACGAGUGUCGGCCGCGAGGCCGACACCGCCCGCGGCAUGCUCUUCUCCCCGGAGGACAGCUGCCCCCCGCCGAGUGCCGUGCUGCUGCAGUCGGGCAAGGCUGCUGCCAUGAUCGUGCCCACGGAAAGGUGCCUCAUGACGGCAGCUCGGCGCUUUACACGAAACGACACGCCCGACUCCAUUCCCUCCUCUAGCCCGGAGCCAGGGCGCCUCCCUUCGCCGGAGGACGCCGGUGCGGCGGACCGCAUCGACAGUGGUGGCUCCCCCCCCGGUACCGAGGGGUUCGCCGGGGCGCUGCUCCUGUCGACGGCCACCGACGAGUCCCUGGCCCUGAUGGUCGAGUCCCUGGCCAGCGAGUGUAGCAGCGGCUCCGGGUCGGGGGCUUCCUCCGGCGACGAGCUCGCCAGCUGGGACACGGUCCAGGAGCUGGACGCGGCGGGCGACCCGGCCAUCGCCGGGAAAUUGGGCUGGACCCGGUCGCGAUCGCUCGGGGCCGGGCCGGCCGGCGCCGGGACGACGCCCGCCUCAGGGCCGCCGGCCGCCAUGGCGCGCGUUCACAGCAGCGGCGGCGACCCGGCGGUCGCCGCCGCGGCCGCCGCUGCCGCGGCCAUUGUUGCCACCCGGCACGUCCUUCGGUCUCCACCGGCGGGCCUCGCGGGCGCGGCCGCCACCCGCCACCACGACGACGACCCGGAGAGCGGCGACGAUGAGGAGGAGGAGGAGGACGACGAGGACUGGCGCCAGGUGGCCGACCCUGCCGCCGGCACCCAUGCAGGCGAACUCCUGGCCACGCACCCGCUGUCCGACGGGGGGGAGGACCUGGCAUCGGACCUGUCCAGCCCGUGCCCGCUGGCAUCCGAGCAGGGGGACAACACCUCGGGCAUGGUGGCCAGCCCUGCCGCCACCCCGUCGCGCGUCUCCUCGGCGGAGCUGCUUGACUGGAUCUCCUCCAGCGAGGCCUCCUCCCGGUGUGCAUCCGUCGGCAUUGCCGAGCCCCACUGCCUGCCGAGGCAGCAGUCGCAGUCGCGGCCGCUGUCGCAGCCGCAGCAGGGGCAGUCCCCGGGCCCGGGCGGGCGCCCAGGUGCGCCAAGCAGCCGGUCGCGCCCGGUCUCGCCGGAUGGUCUCCUUGGCGCGGGGCACCUGGUGGAUGACAAUGCCUAUUGCCUGGCCGGUGGUCGGGUGGCCGAUCGGCCGACCCUGCGCCGGAACAACUCCGAGCCCCCCUCGCGUGCUGGCUGGCCCGGCCGCCAGACGGCCGCGUGGAUCACCCCCGAGGUGCCGGCCCGCAAGCCGGCCCGGUCGCCACCGCCAGUGCACCAGCACCGGCAGCAGCAGCAGCAGCAGCAGCAGCAGGAGUCCCUUUCGGCCUUUGUCCGAGCCGCCGGGUUCACCUUCCCGCCGGUGGUGCCGCUGGCGCCGGCGCCACCCCUGCCAGCCGCCAGGGCCGAGCCGCCGGCCCAGCCGCUGGAGCUGUGCCACAAGUCCGACUGGUGGCCGGAGGUGUUUGUCCGUGGGGGCUCCGGCCGUGCGUGCGGGGGGGAGCUGGUGGCUGGUGGCCGUGCUGCCAGCCGGCCCCAUUUGCACGCGGCCCAGCACCCGGCACACCUGGAGCAGCUGCCCCAGGGCGGCGACAGCGAAGAGGACGACAUCGCCGAGCACCCCGAAGACCUCCCCCCGGAGGAGGCCUUCAUCCUUUCGCCGCUGACUGCCCCGGUGCAGGCGGUCUCGCCGCCAAGUGCCCGGCCGACAGACAGCACCACCCGCGCCCCGGCCCGGCCCCACCUGGCCGCCCCCGCCGAGGCCGAUGUGGUGGCCAUGCUGCAGGCCACCCUGGCGCCGCUGAUGCGUCCGGCUUCGGUGGCUGCCACCGCCGCCAGCGCCGCCAGCGCCACCACCGCGGCCGUUCGCCGGCCAACACCCGUGACCUGGGCCCAAACAACGAACUUGGUGGCCCAGGCGGCCCGGCUGGUGGCCGAGCUGGAGCGGAUGACCCUCUUGUCGCCGGCGCCAGGCGCCAGGCCCCGCACGCCGGAGGAAAAGGAGCCGGAGGGGCCCAGCAGCCCGCCCCGUGCACCACGCCUGUGCCCGGUCGAUGAUGAUGAUGAUGAUGAUGAUGACGUCCGGGCUUCGAACCACCGCGCUGGGAUUCGGCCCGGCGGCCAGCCGAGCCGGCUUUCCGUUCGGCAGUCACCAUGGUGGGGCCCCGGCACGCCGGAGGAGCAGCAGCCACUGCUGCGCCCGGACAACGACCACUGGGCUCCGGCCAGCAUCGGGUCCGCCCACAGUGGGGGUGACCAUGACAAGGAUGGCGAUGGUCAUGCCGCUGCCGGCCAGGGUGCAUGGAGCACGGCCUCGAUUUGCACAUUUGCCGACCGCAUUGCCGGCGCCUCCCACGCCGAUGGCGUGCAGGUCGCCCCCUCCUCGGGCAGUGGCCACCGUGCGCCCUGGCUCAGCUUCGGGGUCCAGUGCGAGGAUGGCCAUGAUGAUGAGGACAAUGGGGGUGAGGGUGUUGGGCCCGCCGCCGGUGCAGCCGCCGCCUCUCCCACCCCCGCCGCGACCACAGCCGGAUCGCUGUCCGGCGCGGCCCCGGGUGCGGCCUCGACCACGGCCUCGCAGGCACCCGCGCGCCGGAAUUGGUGGCCCUGGGGCGGGGUGACCCCAUCCAUGGCGUCACAGCGCCACCGUCCGCAGGUCGGCCAAUGGACCGCGGUCACACGGGACCCCACGUAUGUCGUGCCGCUCGACCACCGCUGGGCCACUGUCCCCCACAGCGCCGCAGGCGGACGCAUGCUGCCGCCGUCGCCACCGCAGCAGCAAGAACAACAACAGCAGCAGGCCGCCGCCGGGUCUCUGCGGUCGGCCAUCCAUCCGACCACCGCGCGGCCCUUCCCGCCGGUGGGCGGGUUGCGUGGCGGGGCCACCGCUGCCACGGCAUCCGCAGCCACCAUGGCCGGUGCUCCAGCAGGGGGGGUCUCCUUCGAAAGCAUGCUCAGCGAAAUGGUUCUCCAGUGGUCACUGGAUAUCGAGCGCGAGGUGAGCACCCUGGAGCGGACGCCGAUCCUGCCGACCCCUGCCUCGGCGACAGCCGGCCCGACGGUCGAGGAUGCAGCCGCGCACGGCGCCGGCGGUAGUGCCGCCGCUGUCGCUGUCGCCGCCGCCGCCGCCACCGCCGCGGCUGCCACUGCUGCCGGCGCCGCCGCCGCCGCCACUACCACCACCACCACCGCCCCCGACGCCUCGUCUCUACUGGACCUGGUGCCCGGUGGCGCGGGGCAAAUCCACUUGCUGACCACUCCGGCCCUCGGGGCUGACACCGCUGCCGCCCCGGUUGGAGGUAUGCCGGCUCGGUCGGCGAGCUUCCCCCCGCCCCUGAGGCUGUUGGCCUUGGAGGAGGAGGAGCAGGCGCUUCAUGUCCUGCCGGCGGGGCCGCUGGAGCGCGCACUCCGAGGAGGCACCACGGUCGGCGCGCCGCCGGCCGCAAGCAGCCACAGGAGCUUCGGCUUCACCACCGGCCAGGAAUCCCCCGGGAGUGGCACCCGCCCGGCGUCACUGCUGCCAGUGGCCUCCCGGCGCGGGGGGCCCGCCGCCGGCGGCCUGGCCGAGUCGUCGGCCACCCUGCGCAAUGCCCUGGCCCUUGGGCAGCCGCUGUGGCUGGACGAUGCACGCAUCCUGGGGCCGGCCGGCGGGAUGCCGGCCCUGGCGCACCAACGGACCACCCAUCCCCAUGGCAGUAUGAGCAGCAGCAGCAGCAGCAGCAGCAGCAGCAGCAGCAGCAGCAGCGAUGAUGGCGACCACCACCAUGACAGCUGGCCGACCGUUUGGCUGGGCCCAUCGCCCUCGACGGCCUCUACGUCGCUCGAGGGUAGCCGGGAGGACCUGCUGCCGGACCCGUCGCCCCGGGACGGGUCGCCCGGCACCAUCAUCGGUCGCCGCACCGGCGCCGCCGAUGUCACCGCCGACGACGGCCAGCCCGGGGACGAAGCACAGGGCAGACAGGGCCUGGAGGAACAAGAAGAUGCGCCGGAGGACGAGGAGGAGGAGGAGGAGGAGGAGGAGGAGAACCACCAUGCCACCACCGAGCCCUUCGGCCUCUGGCCAAGCGCCGGGGUGCAGGUGUUCCACAACCCGCUCUUUCAGCCGCACGAGGGCGCCCCAGUGGGAGGAGGCCUGCCGAGCGUCACCACCGACCACCUGCUGCUGGCGCCGCUGGUUGCCACCUUCGAGGCGCGGUCAUCGCCGGAUGCGGCGCCCGGCCAGACCGCCCGUGCCGGUGGACUGGCGCCGGCGGACCGGCCCGACGGCGAAGAUACGGACGCCCCGCCGGCGGCCCCGCGGCUGGAGGCCCUCUCCGAUUUGGACCUCGACUCGGAGGACGACUUCGACCCGGAGCAGUGGAACACCGCUGCUGUGGCCGCGGCUGCCGCCGCCACCACCACCACCACCGCCACAGGUGACAUGGGCCAGGCCCGGCCAGGCGCCUCCUUUGGCUUUGUCCAUUUGACGGCCACCGAGGCGGAGGAAGCGCACGAGGACGCCCCGCAUGAGGGGUACGCUGGGGCCGACAUGGCCGUGGUGACCCGCAUCACGACGGCUCGGGACGCGCGCAGUGCGGUUUCUCCCGGGCACCGGCAUCGUGCUGCGCCUGGCCGCAGCUUCGGUGGGCCGGCGCUGCUCUCGGCCGCGGCGGCCGGCCCCUGUCGCGUGACGCGGAUCAUCUCCAACUCCAACCCCUUCCGGGCCCCGGCCGACCUGGCCGACCCGGCCGAGGACCACCACCAGGGAGAUGCUCUGCUGCGCCUCCUCCGCCAGCAGCAGGAGUACCUCCACGAUGAGGAGGCCCUGCCCUUGCUGCUGCAUGACGAGCACCAAACCACCGCCAGCAGCCCGGGGCCGCCCGUCACCGCGGCUCGACAGAUGGUGAUGAUGAUGCCGCCCCGGCGCCAGUCAUCGGCCUCAAUGUCAUCGCACUGCCCCUCGCGCACCAACGAGUCCAGCGCCUCGCUGGCAGACUAUCACGACUACGACUGGGAGGAUGCCAUGGACUUUGCCUACGACAGUGACUAUGAGAAUGUCUUCUCCUCCGGGGGGGACCUCUCGGCCACCGGGGUCGUGGGUGGUGCCGGCGGCAGCGCCGGCAGCAGUCGCAGCUCCUCCCGCCGCGCGAGCUCCUUCUCCCCGCAGGGACUGGCCACUUUGGCCGAGGAAUCCCCCUCGGCCGGCGGGCCGUGCCGGGGGGCGGCGGCGGUGACCCCCGCCGGGACCCAUGCCACGGUGACGCCGGUGCCGGUGUCCGUCCGGGCGGCGGCCGUCUUCGCGGCAGCUGACAAUGCCGGCACCAGCACGGCCACCUCCGGCACCGGGGCGUCGGCCGCCCGGCUAGCACGUCGGCGCAUGGUGGUAAACACGCAGCGCACCAGGCCGGCCAUUCCGAACCUGGCCUCGGCCAUGUCCUUCGGCUUCGGUCUGCUAUCCAGCCACUUGCUCAGCGACAGCGAGGAGGAGGUGGAAAAUGACCACCACGAGGAGCAGCAGCAGCAGCGGCAAGCAGACCGGCCAGUCGAGGAGUCCAUCGGUCGUGGGGAGAGCCCCGUCGCUGAGGAGUUUUUCUUCUUCCUCCAUGCAUCGCGGUCGGCGCCAGGCCAGGGUGUGGCCGUCGACGACUCGCCGCCACGCAGAGCCGCCACCCUGGCCCCGAGCGGCCCGGCCCCGGGAGCCGAUGGUGGCGGCGAUGGCGGCACAUCGCCGAGGCCCCGGACGCUGCCGCUCAGCUCGACCCCCUUCGAUCCGGAACCCAUCGGCCUGAGCCUGCCCCAAUAUGCACCCCCACCGCCGGCCCCGAUCAUGGCCAGCCUUCGCGAUGAGGAAGAGGACGAGCAGGACGACGACGACGACGACGAAGACCCCUUCGGCGAUGGGUCGUCCAUUGCCCUGGAGAUCCAGCUGCCCGAGGUGAAGCCCCAGCAUGUGCAGCGCCAUGUGGGCGGGGCCUUCGGCGCGGCUGCCCGGCGGCGCUUUUCCACCAGCAUCAUCGUGGCCAUUCCCCGUGCUCCGGAGAUGAUUAGCUCCAAGGGCUGGCUCGUGCGCCCGGCAUCCCAGUCGCCGGAGUGA